GUGAGUUGCAAGGUCUGAGUGUUUGAGACUCGCGGUUAAAUUUAAUUUAACUCAGAUGCUGUAAUAAGAUACUUGGUACAAGCUCUGUACUAGAGAUGAAGUAAUCUCACGAUACAAUUUGAACUGUAAAUCUUGAAUAAAGAUUUGUUUUCCUGCAUGCGCAAUUGAUCAUGUACGUUUCAAGAUAAGUAGAAAUUGAAAUUUUGAGAUGUAGAUCUAUAUGUAUACAUAUAUUGAUAUAUUUUGAACUAUUAAUGUUGAUAAGGAACAAAUAAUCCAAGUCAUUUCUAUGAAGCUAAAAAGGGGUAAAUUAAUUAUUAAUUUAAAGGAGCCAUGUUAAUGUGAUCGUUUAUGAGAGUUAGUUUAUCUGACAAAAAGGAGUAUUCUGACUUACGUCAUGGGCUGAAAUAGCGCCAUCUACGCUUUCCUAAUUCCGACAUAGCAGUAGCAACGAAUUGGAUGUUCGCACCGAAAUCUUGUCCUAAAUUACACCUGUUAUUGAUACGAAGCCAACCCGUUUGCAACAAUAAGGAGGCAAGAAGUUUUCACGGAGCAAGUGUGAUGGAAUUAGUUGACAUAGAAUAAAUUAGCAAGUCAACCCUACUACGACUUUUCAUUGACUGUUUCUUCAGUGAAAACUUCACUUCACUACGACUUGCAACCUGCGAUGACGUCGUGAUUCAGAUUACGUGAUUUGGUACAAGAUGUCGGAAGUGGACAUGAUGGGGGACAAGGAGAAGGAAAACCCUGUUGCUGAAGCUGUGGACACAAGGUCAAAGCGAGAAGUCAAACUCACUGAGAAAGGUCUGCAGUAUCAAGCUGAAACAAAAGGGAAGGAAUUUAAGAGAUCCAUUAGUGCUUGGCGUAGAGCGUCGAAUAAGUUAAGAGCUACCUUGAGCGACAUCAGUGAUGUCAAAGUUAUUCGACAAGGUAGGGACGCUCUGCAGCAGGUGAUGGACAACGCCAUAUCCGCUCAAGAAGACCUUCAGAUUCUAUUGGAGUUGGCAGGAAUCGACGAUGACAGCCAUGAAAGGCUCGACAACAUCGAACAAGAACACUCAGAGCUGAUGAAAGGAGUACAAGAACACCUCCUCGAACAAGAAUCGUCAAGAAAAUCUAAAGUUUCAUCGAAAAGACUAUCAUCCUGUCAAAAAUGGGUGAAUGAAUGCUCGUUUGAAAGCCAGGAUGAUGUGCCGACUAAAGAUGUGCCGACCAAAGAUGUGCCAACUGAAGAUGUUCCGACUACAGAAUUGCCGACUAAAGAACCCUUGUUAAAUUUGCUGACUCAGCUACAGAUUAGUCGCUUGCCACUGCCAGAACCAGAUAUCUUUUCUGGGGAUCCACUGCAAUACCCUAGUUGGAAACAGGCCUACGACAUCUUAAUGGAACAUCAAGGUAUUCCUGCAAGGGAUCGAUUCUUCUACUUAAAGAAGUAUCUACGUGGCCCACCUCUCGAACUCGUGCAAGGAUUUUCUCUGAUACACAAUGAUAUGGCAUACAAUCGAGCUACGAGUGAACUAGAACAGAGAUAUGGUGAUCCAUUCAUCAUUUCGAAUGCAUUUCGUGACCGACUGGAUAACUGGCCAAAGAUACCUACAAAAGGAUUCCAGAGGACUGCGUAG